GCUCGCUUCCAUGCGGGGUAGCGAGGGCGGUGAUGGCACUCGCGCGCGCACCAGGCACUCUCUAGCUGUCAGAAAGCAGGAGGGUGGGUGGCACGGGCACCGCGACGCUUCUCGGUAGCGCCACGAACUAAAAGUCCGGCCGACACAGCGCGCCAGUGUCGAGCCCGCGAUCGUGGCGAGCGUACGCGUUUUUCGUACGCACCGUUCACGCAAGGCACACAUACACGCGCGCGCGCGCGCGAAUAUCACACACACAUAUAGAGACAACAUACGUAAGCACAGCUAACGGUCAUUGUAGUCUCUCGUAAACCGUGCACGCGUAUCAUCAACAGCGAGGACUUUUUAGGAAGCAAAAGCGAAGAGAUUUUAAUUUUCUCCGAGACAAGGUCGAAAUUAAUUUCGAAAUGAUCUAACAAGGAAAAGGGAUCGUCAUCGAUAGAUCGAAGAAAGAGAGAAGGAAAGAGAGAGACAGAGAAAGAGAGAGAUAGAGAGAGAGAGAGAGAGAGGGUGACAGAAAGAGAGAAAGAGAGAGAGAGAGAGAGAUUUUUCUUCUCUUCUCUCUUCUCUUCUUUUCUUUUCACUUCACGUCUCUUUUCUUCUCUUCUCUUCUUUCCUCUUCUUUUCUCCCAAGUCGAAUACGCGAACACCAAGAAGAAGAAUAGACGACGACGAAGACGAGUUUCCAACAACGCGAUCCGUUACCACUACGCUUACCGCUCCCGGGAGAGCCUUAUCCACUUUUCUUCUUCUUCUUCUUCUUCUUCUUCUUCUAUUACUUCUUCUUCCUUUUUCUGCUCUUCUUCUCUUCCUUAUUUUCCUUCUUUCUCUUUCACGUACUCUUACUUUUCGAGGUCUUCUUUUUCUCUCCGACGGCACUUCUACGAUCGAAAAAGCGUCGAUAACCCCGACGAUACGUGACCCUCCUUACUCGAUCAAACUUAUCGCGCUAUCAGAGAUUUUACUCUCGUACGAAUCUUAUUCGACUGGCGAAUUACCGCGUUGGGAUUAUUGCUAACAAGCGAUAGAGAGAGAGAGAGAGAGAGAGAGAGAGAGAGAGAGAGAGAGAGUAGGCGAGAUCGCGUUCUCGAUCGCGAUUCUUAACGAGUUCGGCGAGUUUUUCCAUGAUCGACCAUCCGGUAAUUGGGAUUCCGAGCUCGAUGGCCGGACGACCGACCGAUACUUCUGUCUCUUCUUUUUUCUCCUAUCACGAGAUUCUCUUCUUUUUUUUUUCCUUUCUUCUUUUUCUUUUUUCUUUUUUUUUUUUUUUUAUUCGCCAUUUGCAGAUAUCUCUGGUUUGAUGUUAACGAUAGGAAAUUCCUUGGAUCAUUAUGGUUUUUAUUCGAUAUUUUGUGACUAUUCGUUUAUCGUAGUAAUUCGAUCGGUAGAUCGCGUGACAACGAUCGCUCUCGAAACCUUGGAACUAUCCGUGGUUGCUGUAGUAACGUGAAUCGAGAGAAAGAGAGAGAGAGAGAGAGAGAGAGAGAGAGAGAGAGAGAGAGAGAGAGAGAGAGAGAGAGAGAGAGAGAGUCAAUGACUUUUCUUCGUUUGGCGAUAGAUCAGAUUUCUCUAUUUAAACAAGUUGGAUUCCCUCACCGCAUUUUCGCUUACUUGGCCCUAGGCUCAGCUUUGAUACGAACGGUUAUCUCCCAUCCACUCCUCCGAAUGCAAUUAUAUAGAAAUGGUGCGAGUAUAAUCGUAAAAGAUCCUGGGGAGGGGGGUGAGUGGGUGGUAGAAAAGAAGAGAAGAGAAAAGAAGAGAAAAGAAGAGAAAAGAAAAGAAAAAAAAAAGAAAAAAAGAAGCAACAUACACGGGAGCGCGAGUUUUAUUUUUAAAGCAAGCCGUAGAAGCUUUUGCCGUUGCUUUUAACUCAAAUACUCGAUGAUCGAAACGAGACGUCGUAAAUUCUUCUUCACCGUCGAAGCGAGAAACUCUCUUCGUAUGACGUAACGCAAAAAUAUUCCCUUUAUUCGCAGCCCUCGAAAAACUUCAAUAUCCUAGACUCGUUUUCGAGAACGACGUCGAUUAACAUCGAGCAUUCCUUCUACCAUAAAUUCUCGCUCGCAGCCUGAUCGACGUUAUCCAUAAUAUUGGACGACUCUUAGCGAUCGUUAACGUCCUUUCUUCGCGUGAACGUCAUCCAUUGAAUAGGCUGGAGAAAGUAAUAACCUUCGAAAAUAUAUGCCAGUAGAAGACCUCUUAACGAGCGAGCGAUCGUAUCGGAGAAUGAAACGAAAGUAAUAUAAUGGUAUUUCGCGAGUUUUACACACGUAAUAUAAAACAUUCGAAAAUAUUGUCGAGUGCGUUCUCAUAAAUAAGAUUCUAUUAAAAACAAUUCGACUCGAAGUAAUAACAACCAACUGAUCCGAUCUAUUAAAGGAUAUCAAUUUAUAUUACAAAACGAUAGCAAAUCGAGAACUUACGAAGGUUUGCCAUUACUAGAAAAAGUAUAUCGAUGAGAUCGCAAGAAUGGACUAUCGAAUUAUAAAGCUUCUUGAGAGAAGGCAGAGGUCGAUUCGUGGAGAGGUUGCCUUCUAGGAAGAAGGUCCUUUAGACGCUCGAUAUCGCUUGCUAAGAAAUAUCAAGAAAGGACGAAAGAAGUUGGGAAACGAGAAGACCGGAGAAAGAAAGAGAGAGAGAGAGAGAGAGAGAGAGAGAGAGAGAGAGAGAGAAUUGGAGAGGGAGAGGAAGGAAGGGAAGGAGGAGGGACGAUGAGGCAGAGAGGCAAAGGAAGACUCUUGCAAUUAAUCACUUAGCGCUUUUAUUCGAUUACGCGUUACAAGACGUUGCAAAGGAAGGCACAAGGAAGUCGAAGGAAUGAGGUCGCCGCAAACGACCACGGCAAGAUUCAUCGAUCAACGUACCAGAAUGAUCUUGAAGGUUUUUAAGAGUAGAAGGAACUUUGUCGGACGGAUAGACGAAAUUAUUUGUCGCCACGAUGUUGUUGAACAAGUCGUUGCGCUUUUCGAGAAAACAGGAUCGGGUUAGGAGGAUGAAAGGAUAUGUUUGCGAAGAAGAGGGAACGCGCGCUUCGUCGAGUCCUAAUUCGGUUGGUCGGAUCGUUAGGGUGGUAUUCAAGUGCGAGUCGCGCAUUCAAACUGACUCUCCUAUUGCUAUUGCUUCUUCUCUUUCUCUCUCUCUCUCUUUCUCUCUCUCUCUCUCUCUCUCUCUCUCUCUCUCUCUCUCUCUCUAUGCCUUUUCGUUACUCUUUCUCUCUCGUCGUUCUCGUGUACGUUGUCCUCGGGGAAAAACUGUCAUCCUUCCUCUUUAUCUCUCUCUCUUUUCGUUCUCUAUUUCUCUUGCUUUAUAUCUUUUGCCUUGUUCUAAUCCCUAGCCGCACUCCGCUAUACUUCUCUUAGAGUUUUCUCGCGCUCGAAAGGUCGUCGCGGUACUGGAGAGCUGAGGGACGAGAGAACAAGUUUUCUUGGCCCCAGCGAGUUUGCUUACCGUUUCACUUUUCCUCCCUAUGCCGACUUUUUUCGCUACGGUAACUUUUCUUUUUUUUUUUCUUUUUUUCUCUCUCUCUUUAUCUCUAUCUAUCUAUCUAUCUAUAUCUAUCUCUAUUUUUCCUUCCUAGUGAAUCGACUAGAUUCAACGAUGAAAAUCAGCUUUCCCAAAUCAUCGAGCUAGAAAAGACGCUCGAGAGAAGCGUAAAGAAAGUUGGAGACUCGUUUUUGUUAUUGGAAGAAAGGAGCAAUAGAAGUUGGCGAUUGAACACUUUGCUGUCUCGAUUUCCAGAUCGAAGAAGAAGAAAUCGACAACUACAGUGACCGGUGAUGACCCAUGGUGCGAUGAACGAACAAGGAACUCGUUGAGAACGUUGGCCUUUUUCGUGACACUCUUUUGUAUCUUCUCUCACGCCGUGGAAACUGUUAAAAGAAACGGAGAAGAGUGAGAGUAACUUGUGAUAUGAGUGACGAACGCGCGAUCUUUCGUAUCCGUUGGCAGAGAUCGAUUCGUUUACGCGUCGCUAAAAAUACGCUGAUCGUGUGACGGAAAGGUCGAUAAAGGAGCCAAACUCAGCCGAGUGUGUAUUUUCUUCAUUUCUCUCUCUUUCUCUCUCUCUUUCUCACUUUCUAUCUAUCUGUAUCUGUCUGUCUGUUUCUCUCUCUCUCUCUCUUUCUUUUUCUUCACUUCUCUCUCUCUCUCCCUCUUUCUCUAUCUCUUUCUCUUUCUCUCUCUCUAUCUCUUCAUCUCUCUUUCACCAUCUCCCUCUGUCUCCUUUCUUGUGCGCGCGCGACGACACGUCGGAAGGGAGAAGCUCCGAGGGUGCGAGGAGACGCUUCGCAGAAACGCGUGCAGCUACGUCCACGCGCCGCGUGACAUCGUCCGUGAUCGCGCGAUAAAGUCGCGACGAAGCUGGAGAAACGACGACGAGGAGAGACGACGGAUUCAAGGUGGAAAGAAAAAUGCGGUGUCCUUCCCUCGCCGUUUUCGUCGCCGUCCUAACGACCAUACGAGCUCAAGGGGUCACGCGAACAUUUUCGACUAGGCCUUACCGAGGAGGUCCAGCUAUCCCCGUGAGGGCGGUUCUUCGAGGUACGGCCGAGCUACCCUGUGAUAUUCGUCCACCACGACACAACGACUCGACCGUUUCGGGACACGACUCUGCCAUUUUGAUCGUCUGGUACAAGAACGACAUGACACCCAUCUACAGUUACGACAUGAGGGGAAAACAUUCAGAAAAGGCAUCGCAUUGGAAGGACAAGGAGCAUUUGAACGAAUUCACGCAGUUUCGAAUGAAUACUGAUCCAGCUAUGUUAGUCAUCAGUGACGUCGAGGAAAAAGACGAGGGAGAUUAUAGAUGUCGGGUGGAUUUCACUAAGAGUCCUACAAGGAACUCAAGGAUUUAUUUAACUAUUAUUGUACCACCGCACAAGCCAAACAUCAUCGACGAACGUGGAAAAACUGUAUCGACCGUGGCCGGACCAUACGAAGAGGGUGGCAAUAUGAAGUUAACGUGUUUAGUAUCAGGAGGUCGCCCGGAACCUACGGUAAAAUGGUGGCGAGGAGAAACCCUAUUAGAUUCGAAGGACGUGCCUGGAGAGUUUCCAUCCCUUCGUCGAAAUACUCUACUCGUGACCGAUCUUUCCAGAGCGGAUCUUCACGCUGUCUUCACCUGUCAGGCUUCCAACAAUAACAUCAGUCAACCGGAGUCAGCCUCGGUCGCGAUCGAAAUGCAUCUGAGACCUUUGAGCGUGAGUAUACUUAGCAGCGAGCACGCACCACUCAGCGCAGAUCGGAAAUACAAUAUCAGUUGUAUGACAGUCGGUUCAAGGCCACCGGCUAAAUUAUCCUGGUACAUGGAUCACAAAAAGAUGGAAAAUUAUACGGAGAAGGUAUCGGCCGAUGGGAAUAUGACAAGUUCCAUCUUUACCUUCAAGCCUACCCUAGACGAUCACAACAAAAUAUUGGCCUGUAAAUCUGAGAAUAACAAGGUUCAUAGUGGCGUCGUCGAGGACACCUGGAAACUAAACGUUUUCUUCGUUCCUACCUUACAGUUGGAGCUUGGUACCAACAUGAAUCCCGACGACAUAGAGGAAGGCGACGAUGUCUACUUUGAAUGUAAGGUUCAUGCGAAUCCCUGGGCUUACAAAGUCGUCUGGAAGCACAACGGCAACGUCAUUCAGAACAACGCGAAGAACGGCGUGAUAGUGCAACAAUACGAUCUCGCUCUAAGAAAAGUCAAUCGUUCCCAGGCCGGAAAUUACACCUGCGUCGCUAGCAACGUCGAGGGCGAUGGUUAUAGCAAUAUCGUCGAGCUCAAAAUCAUGUACAAGCCAAUCUGCGUGGCCGAACAAAAGCGCAUAUAUGGAGUGGCACGUCACGAGGACGCCGGGGUGGUCUGCAGGGUCGAAGCGUAUCCACCUCCCGAAAGCUUUCGGUGGGCCUUCAACAAUACCGAGGAGAUGGUCGACGUGCCCCAGGCGCGUUACAAGAACUCCACUCGACACACCCAAAGCGUCCUCACAUACAGACCGGUCACGGAAAUGGACUAUGGCACUGUGCUUUGUUGGGCAAGCAACACUGCCGGCCAGCAGAAGAAUGCUUGCAUAUUUCACAUCAUACCCGCGGGAAAACCAGAAUCUCCUUACAAUUGCACACUGACCAAUCAAACAACCCAAUCACUUUCGGUGGAAUGCACCGCUGGUUUCGAUGGUGGUCAACCGCAACAUUUCUUUCUAGAGGUGUUCGAUCAAGAAACGGGUAUUCUACAAGCGAAUGUUACCAGGGAUAACCCUCAAUUUACUGUACAAGGGUUGGAACCGGGCAAAGUUCUUAACAUGAUAUUGUACGCCGUGAAUGCGAAAGGAAGGAGCGAACUGAUCUUGCUCGAAGGUUUUACUUUAAAAGUGGCCGAGAAGCAGACCGUGCGCGUUUUGUUUACAGGUACUCCGGUGCCGUUCGAAAUAACACCUCUGUUAGCUGGUCUUAUCGGUGUAGUUAGUGCCAUGCUUUUAGUUACCGGGACAAUUUUAGCAGCACUCAAAGUACGAAGCGAGAGACGAGCUCAGAGACCAGGUGAUUUGCCCUUGAAAAAAGCUACAGCACCCAGUUCCGAGGAUCUUUACGAUGCAGAUGAUAGAAAUCCAGACGUCGUGCCAACUAAUAAAGAUUAUCAAUUGACUGGAUCAACCUCGGGUACACCAUUGGCAACGCAAGAUACACCGGAUGGUUUACCACCAUCUUCACUUCCAACGCAACAGAACAAUCAUCUUCAAGGACUUACUGGUUACAACGAAUACAACAAUUAUCCAACCUUACCGUUAUCCGGGGAAGUGACGUAUGCAGAACUUUGCUUGGCGAGGCCAACCACCCUAUCGACUUUGGGAACAGACACGAAGCUAGUGAAUUUAGGAAGCGUUACCGGUCUCGGAGGUCUUCAGGGAUAUGGAAGCGGUGUUAUCGUCGGCGGAAAGUCGUACGCAAAGGAGGCCACGGUAUACGCUUGCAUAGACCACAGCGCGAGGCCACCGAAAAUAGACACGGUGAAGAGUACAUCUUCAUGCGGUAGUACGCCGCUCUCGACGAUGAGCGGACUUCUGCAUGAUUCGACGGUGACCGGAAUGACUGGUAUCACCGGAUUGACCGGUACUACGAGCAAGCAUCCGGCAAGGGAAGUCGUCACCGUUCGCACGCCACUUAUUUCGAGCCAGGAAAGCUGCGUAUAGGGACGCGAUUCCGACGCGCUCGGCGUUAACGAAUAUUACGUCUGAUAUGGCCGCGUCGCAUCCCACGCCAAUGAGUCUCCUCCGAACCAGGAGCCGUUCAAAUACAUACCGCAAAUUGCUACAACAGGUAUGCCAGUAGCCAACCACACGACACAUCUUCUUAUAUUCUUAUUACUCGUAUUUUUUCUCCGUGCGUCGCCUAAAAUUCAUUCCCAGCUCUUUCUUAACAGAGAACGAUUUUAUCCCCAUCCGAUCUUUCCCUUCCCAUUCUUCUUCUGAUUCUAAUAUCUUCGGCAUUAUGACAAUGACAAUGACGACGACGACGACGACGACGACGACAAUGACAACGAUAAUGACGACGAUGAUGACAAAAAACAAAUCUAUUUCACGUUACAUCGAUCCCAAGAUUCUUUAAUAAUCUUGCGUGCCUAAUGUACACGCCUAUUAGCAUAGGUACAUACUUAUGUCUCUUUGCCUAAAUUAAUUAAUUAAAAAAAAAAAAAAAAAGAAAAAAAAAAGCGAGAUAUAAAUACUACGGAGAAAUGUUGAUAAGAAGAUGAUUUUUAGAUCGGCUUCUCGUACAAUUUUCACGAGAGAUCAAAGCCCGUUUUUUGCGCGACUCGAUAUGCUUUUUUCGUUUUCGCCGCAACAACGAGGUCGAUGACGACAACGACGACGACGACUUAGACUAUUACAACUACGACUAUGACUACGACUACGACUACGACUACGACUACGACUACGACGAUUAAAAUAACUAUAGUCGCCCUUCAUUGGACGCGGAAAAAACGCGAUAUUUGAAAUUUGCGGACGGACGUGCUGUCCUAUCGACUGAUGACGAACGCGCACAACGUCGAAACUGGCACGGAAGCGACGCGGUCGUUCGCACGAUAGAUACCUAUAUAUGUAUGUAUCUAUAUAAAUGGUAUAUGCAGAGAUGAAUUUUCUUAUUUGGAACAUUUUGCGAUCGGUAAAACUCGGCGCCGUAUGUUACGACGUGUAUCGUACGCACGAACGUUAACGGGUGUCCAUUAUCGUACGAAUCUAUCAAUCUUUUUCCGCGUAUAUCCAAACGCGAAUUUUGUAAAUACCUUGUACAUAACGAUGCGACGAGUGAGGGGAUGAAAGAAAAGUUUAAUUGUAUGACGAAUAACAAAGACAAGGACGAAGGACUGUCGUCGAUAUGGUUCUCUUCGCGACAAGACAAAUAUGGACGAAUGUAAUAACACGUCGCGAUCCGAUGCAAAUUGGUACGUUGGAAAUUUUUCCAUGACAAUAAUUUCUUUUCGUCGAUCACUCUUAACACAUUGUCCAACUCAUAUCCGCAUGUUUCUACGCGUUUCUCAAUGCCGCUCGUUACGUUUACUCCGAUCGACUUAUUUCUCGAUCGAUCAUUAAAUUUUUACACACUCGAAUCUCAAUCGACUUCGUUAGAUAAAAAAAGAAAAAUAAGAAAAAAAAAAAAAAAGAAAAAAGAAGAAGGAAAAAGGAAAACGAAAAAAAAAAGAAGAAAGAAAAGGUAAGAAAGAUUUGCUCUUUCACCAACUCUCUCGACUGCUCGCGACUGAAUUACGUCAAUGUACACAAACGAUAUUCGUAUAGUGCGAAAAGGACGUCGAAACGAGGACAAGUUCCUUCGUUUUAUUCACCUUUAUCCAUUGUAAUAUAUAUUCUCCUCCGAUGUACAGCGCCGAUAUUUUUUCAAAGUGCGCGUAAGCGAUACCUCCGCGCGAUGUGAAUUGAGCAAAGAGGCGAUAAUUACGGAAAGAAAACGAGUGUAUAAUUAAUAAACGUUCGAAGUAAAUUUAAGCAGAGCAAAUAUAAAGAUAUAUUAUAUAUAUAUAUAUAUAUAAAUAUAAAUAUAAAUAAAUAUAUAUAUAUAUAUAUAUGUAUAUGUAUAUAUAUAUAUAUAUAUAUAUAUAUAUAUAUAUAUAUGUAUGUAUGUACAUGUAUGUACGAAUGUGCGCGCGCGUGUGUGUGUGCGUGUAUGCGAGUAUGUAUGUAUACAUGAAAAGCAAAUGCGAAAUUAUAUUAUCGGUGGAGUGCCGAUCCUUCCGACGUAUAAUUCAAAAUACAUGUACUGCUGGUAUUGAAGAUUAAGUGAAACAUCGAUUUUACUUAAAAGCUCGUUUCGUAUAAUAAUCAUGUUAUUCUCAUUUUCUUCCAUCUCGAAGUUUCGCCGAAAUAAUCGGAGAGAUAUGCGAUUAUUGAUUUAUUGAAUUAUUUUGUCCAACUAUUCAUCAGGAUAAUCGGUGCUCCACUAUAUACAUAUAUAUUUAUUCCACGUGCGUGCGAAUGCACGAAAGACUAUCGAGAUAUUUGCGAGCGAGUACGAGCCAGUACGAAGGCAACAAAGUAUAACGAGUUUAUCUUCGCCAGUUUUUAUAUUUUUCAUUCGACAUCGAUACCUCGUAAUUUUUUUUCCGUCGGCCUCUUUUUAAUGAUAAUAUCAUCGUACGCUUACUGCAAAGCUUCGAACUUUUGAAUACGUCUAUCUUUAGAAUUCGAUUAGUUCGAUUAAUUCGAGUUUGAAUUCUUCGAAUAGUUUUUAUCGACUCGUCCGAAGAAUCGAUCUCGUUAUUUCUUUUUCUUUUUUUCUUUUUCUUUCUUUCUUUUAUUUUCUUUUCUUCUCCCCCAUAGGAUAAAUCAUUUAACGUGUAUCAUUAUCGCUAUGCGCAAUAUGGAAAGGGAACAAGGCGAAAAUAUUUUUCAUCGUAACUUGUCACAAACAUUUCAAUAUUUUUGGUUUACCGCGAUAGAUCGUAGGAACAAGAAGGAAACCGAUGAAUAUGCAAUGUAAUGCGGAGUUAGUGUGCAUACAGUUUAAAAGGGAUCAAGAAAAUACACGAGAUGACAACCUACCCACGUACAUCACUAAAUUUCGUUUCAUUGCCUUUUAUCUGGGAAUAAUUUUAAUACUAAAAUAUUAUUCCUCUUAACGCUCAAAAAACACUUUGAAUAUUCCGGACUCCUUUAUCGUUGUUCGGACUAUGAAAAGGAAACGCUGAAUAUGCAAUUCAAAGAAAGCCGAUGUGUACGUCUGCAUGCGCGCUUGCGAAAAAUAUAGAGGGAGAAAAGGAAAAAGAUAGAACGAGAUACAUAAAGAGAAAGAAAAAAAGAGAGAAAGAGAGAGAGAGAGAGAGAUAACGAGAGAGAGAGAGAGAGAGAGAGAGAGAGAGAAACUAAGGUAAAGAUCGAAAGAUUGCUACGUGUAAAAAUGAUUUUAAAUGACGUUACACUUACAUAGGUAUAUGCAUACUGCACGUAUAAAUACAUAUAGUUAAACUAGAUAUUGAACAUUAGAUUUAAAAAUAAUUACUAUGCGCUGUUAGUCCCUGUGAAAAUGGCUGGGAAUUAUUAAAGGUCGAAGAGAUAUGAGAAACUCGGCCGCUAACGUCCCAACUAUAUUUCUCGGAGUUGAAAGUUCCAGAAAUAGAGUCACUAGGUCGGCGAAACCAGGCUUCAUUCGCUUUUUCAUCUCAUCAAUGUACUCAACGAGAGAUUGAUUUCAAAAGAGAUCACCGGUCCUGAACAGCCGUAACCCAUUUGCCAAAUCAUUUUGGAUUUAAAGGUCAAUUUCGAAGAACGCUUAUGAAUUUCUACGUAAAUACCUAUGAAUAUGUGGCAUACUGCACAAAAUCGUAACUCGCGGAAUCGUAAAAAAAAAGUGACAAUACUUACCUGACAGUUGUUGAUACAGGCGGAUAAUUGUGUUUCUUCUCUCUUCGUCCGUCUCUUUAUCUUUCUCUCUCUCUCUCUCUCUCCCUCCCUCGUUUUCUUUUUUUUUUCUUUUCGUUCUGUCUAUCUUCUUUUUGUUUUUGCGCGAAUUCGCGUUAUGAAUGCGAUCAUUUGUGUCCUUCAGUUUUUGUUCCUGCGUUUCUAGGAUUUAUACGAAUCGAAAGAGAUCCUAUAAUAUGUUACACUUUUUUGUAACAUCCACGGACGAGUAUUAUUAUUCUCUCUAACAAACUACAUUUCCACGGAGCGUGUUUGUCACGAUGUUAUCAUUACUAUUAUUCAUCCUUAUCGUAUGUCACACACUGUCGUCCUUAAAUUAAUAAUUUUUCUACGCGAAAGCUGUGCGCAACGGCAUAGAUUUUUUAUAUAAUUAUACGUCAAAGUUCGUCUACGAAGCGAAGACGCGUGCAUGAGUGCGUGAGUGUAUGUGUGAGAAUGAGAGAGAGAGAGAGAGAGAGAGAGAGAGAGAGAGAGAGAGAGAGAGAGAGAGAAAGAGAGAGAGAAAGAGAGAGAGAGAGAGAGAGAGAGAGAGAGAUAACUGGUAAAAGAAGAAAAAUAAAAAAAAAUAGUCGUUCGAAACGUGCGUCCACGCACGAAAUUUUGCGCUUCCGUUUACGUUUCCCAAUGUCCGAAUUGAACUCUCGACGAGUGAAACGUACGUGCGCUGAAAAUUGAAAUUACGACGACCAUAUUAUGUGUAUUUACAAUAAUUAUAGAUCUCUCUCUAUAAAUAUAUACACAUCAGCAUAAUCCGAAUAAACGUGUUGAUAUGAAAA